ACGGGCAUCACAUUGCAUUGCAUUUUACUGUUAUUUAGGCGUUGCUGCUUUCAAUCUAUGUAACGGAAGAGGUGAAUGGCUAAAUGGGCCACAUUAAAGGUUUCCGGGCAGUUUCCUGAGUUUGGUGCCAUUUUCAUGUCAAAUGGCUCUACAAGGAAAGAAUGCUUUGAGAGGAGUCUGUUCGGCCUUCCAUUUACUCAUGCAAACUUUGUUAAAAGAGUUAAGGUCGGGAUGAUCUUGUUCCUUUUUGAGUAUGAGAAGAGAACUUUAUGGAGUUUUUAAAGCAACUUCUAAUAGUGAGCUAAAUAUUGUCUCCAAAGCAUAUGGUUCAUCAGGAAGGCUCUUUCCUGCUCAGGUUAAGGUUACCACAAUCUGGAACUGCCAUCCUCUUUCUGAAGAUGAAUUUUUCCAUGCUAUUGGAGAGAAUUAUUUUGCUAAGAACUAGUUCAACUUCGGGUUGUCUUAUGCUCAGGUUUGGUCUUUUGCUCCUUUUAGGUUUACAAGCUUUUAAGCUUGUUUAACUCAAGAAAGGUACAUCUAGAACCUCCAAGCUGAUAAAAAAUGAAGUUGGAGAGACAGAUUUCAUGUCUUCAUCUAAGAAAACAGAAGUGGAGAAAGAUGAGUUUGGUUAUACCGCGAAAGCCGGGAAGAAACUGAAGAUGGAUAUUGAAGUUGAUGCAUAUUCUGAUAAAUAUCUUCUGGCAGAGGAUGACUCUCAGUUCUCAGCUUCCCAAAAUUCCUACUUGACAUGCAAGGUAUCUGAGAACUUGUCCUGUCAACACACAUAUCUUGAGGCUUCUUGUUUACAGUCUUUGGUGGCUUACAUGUCUAGUUACAGCUCUACAUCAGAGCAUGGUUUGGGUCCUCAUUUCAACAACACCAAAAAACAUGUUAAUUCUGGAGAAGGACUUAAAGAGCAAGACAUUUCUUGUAGAAGUUUGGAUGGUGGUGUUGAGGAUAUCGUACUCCUAUCACCCUUCUCUGAUGACCAUAGUAAAGAAGAAUUCAUUCCUCUGCUGUCCCCUUUUGAUCCUGAUCCUACAGAGUCAAAAACUCUCUUGGGGGCACACUGUUUGCUGAAUAGUCAAAUGUAGCCUUCUGCUGUUUUUGAAGAUGAGAAAGAUUUAUUCUCCUAUAGAAAUGUACUCCCAUUUCCAAACUUCAAUGGUGAUGAUUUUAUAAGGAAAAAUGUUGCUCAGCCUCUUGCUGCCUCAGUUUUGGAUAACAGUUUAGAUGGUAAUAAUCACCAUAGACCUAUGAAGAGCCUGUAUUCAGAUUCUCCAGAAAAGAGAAAUAGUGUGUUCUCUAGGUUGAAAUUUACUUCUGAAGCACAGGAUAAGCAAUAUAAAAACAAAGCUAAUGAAUCAGUGUGCAAAGUUAGAACAGAGGAAGGCUGCAAUACUGAAUAUUAUAGAUCAGUCCAUGAAAUUAUGGAAGAAUUACUGGAAAAGACAUGGAAAUGGUAGAAAAAAGGGGAAAAUAGCUAGAUCUUUUGAGAAGGAAUACGAGCACAAUGCAAAGGAAAGGAGAAAUGUAUUUCUACACUUGAGGAGUUGAAGAUUUCAUUUAAGAUAACAAAAUUACUACUAGUUUUCAACAAGGAAAUAGUAAGCAGGGGAAGAUGAAAAUAGCUGUAGCCAUUGUUGUAGGAAGAAAAGACCAGGCAAAAUCUAUUCUUGGUUUAAUUCAUUUGGCAGGUAGAAAUGGAGAAACAUGCCUAUAGCACUGGGAAAUGAAAUGUGGCAUUGAUUGACACUAUGAUAUUUGUAAGUAUCACAGCACUUCAAACCCACUGUUCUAGGAAGAAACAUGUUCUAUGUUGAAAACUUUGUUUCUUUUGUUGGAUUUACUUGAAAACUUGGCUGUAUAAAGGAUUGAUACCAUGCUUUGCAAAGAAAGCUUCUUGAAUAUUACAAUUGUACUCCCGUUUUUUCACAGUAAACCUGGGAUAUAGUC